AUGGCGGAUUCAAAGCGAACAUCUGAAUCCAUCAACUUUGUGCAUCAGGAUGAAAUCUGGAAGGCACAUGUAAAAGUUGAGAAGGAUGCGGCUGAAGCCUGGCCCAACAAGUGGGGCUUCCUGACUGAGGUCUACAAGGAGUACGAGAGGGAGAGUGCGAAGAUGAAGAGUGUGGUCAGCAUGGAGCUUCCCCCUCACCUGGCCCCACAACCUGCAACCCCUCCAGAAAAAUACAUCCAUGUUGGCCCCUCCCCCCCGGUUCCUCAGACAACACAGGCCCUGAUUGGUUGGCGUUCAGGUCGCUCACAUCUUCAGCUGGAAAAGCACGGCACGGUGCACCAUGGGAGGCGUAGUUUUCUGAGGGAGCUGGGCUGGCCUCUUGAUGCUUGUAGCUGAGUCCAAGUCCCCAUCAUGUGACUACUGCGUGAUUCAGUGCUGGCU